AUGGCCGACGACAAAACGGUGGUAGAUAGAAGUAAUAAUGAUUUCCGCAACAGACUCGGCAGCGACGUUGCCCUGGGAGUUGAUGACCCCAGUGCCAUUCCCAAGGGGCAAAUUGAUCCUGUCUACGAAGCCAAAGCCCGCGUUCUAAACCGGGCCAUUCAGAAUAUUGAUCUUCGUCGACAUAUCGACGAUGGAUUAUUGUCCCUCGAAGUUCUGGCGACACGUAACCUGCUCGCUGACAGCUCUCCUCUCAGGCGGUAUCAAUGGCAACUCUUCAUCGUCGUUGGAUUUGGCUAUGGAAUGGACAACCUUUGGCCGAUCUCUACAUCGCUCAUAUUUACGGCAGUCGCAAAUGAGUUCAAACCUACCCGCCCACCGCUCUUGACUCUUUCGCAGAAUAUCGGCUUGCUUGCGGGCGCAAUAUUUUGGGGAUUUGGCUGUGAUCUAUGGGGACGAAAAUGGGCAUUUAAUCUGACCUUGGGCAUCAUCUCUGUCUUCGGACUUAUAGCAGCCAGCUCGCCCAAUUUCGCGGCGAUAGGAUGCUUCGCGGCUCUAUGGUCCUUCGGCGUCGGCGGAAACCUUCCUGUUGACAGUGCCAUCUUUCUUGAAUUUCUUCCAGGAACUCAUCAAUACCUCCUGACCGUCCUCUCGGUCGACUGGGCGAUCGCACAGCUUAUUGCAACGCUGAUUGCGUGGCCGAUUCUGGGGAACUUGACCUGCCAGCAAGAUGAGACGUGUACACGGUCCCGAAAUAUGGGCUGGAGGUACUACCUUCUCGCUGUGGGAGGAAUGACAUUCAUCAUGUUCCUCAUUCGAUUUGGGCUAUUUACGAUCUACGAAUCUCCCAAAUAUAACAUGGGAAAGGGCAACGAUGAAGAAGCAGUCAGGAUUGUCCAUGAGGUUGCGCGCCGCAAUGGGAAAACCAGCACCCUCACGAUCGAGGAUCUAAAAGCAUGCGAGGUUCUCGGGAACGGGCAAGUGCAGCAGACAAGUACUGGGGCGGCCAUUAAGCGAAAGUUGCAGUCAGUGAACUUAAUGCAUGUGCAGGCGUUGUUUGCGACCAAGAAGCUCGCCUUGAGCACUGGCUUGAUCAUGACAAUAUGGGCUUUUAUCGGGCUUGGCUACCCGCUGUACAACGCUUACCUCCCGUAUUUACAAGCGAUUCGAGGUGCCGAGUUUGGAGAUGGCUCAACAUACAUCACGUACCGAAACUCCGCCAUCAUCGCUGUACUGGGCAUACCAGGGGCAUUACUUGGCGGUGCAAUGGUCGAGAUCAAAAGCUUUGGCCGGAAAGGUACUCUCACCCUGUCCACAGUGCUGACGGGGGUAUUCCUAUACUGCUCCACAACAGCAAGGACCUCGGACGCCUUGCUGGGCUGGAACUGCGCGUAUAAUUUCACCAGUAACAUCAUGUACGCCGUGUUGUAUGCUUACACGCCGGAGGUGUUUCCUACGAAGGAUCGCGGGACGGGCAAUGCGCUGGCGGCGACGGCAAAUCGCGUAUUUGGCAUCAUGGCGCCGAUUAUUGCUAUAUUUGCGAAUCUCAAGACGGUCGCACCGGUGUAUACCUCUGGUGCGCUUUUCAUCGCUGCUGGAAUCGCGGUGCUGGCCCUGCCUUUCGAGAGUCAGGGCAAGGCGAGCUUGUGA